CGGUCCGAUUCUGGUCCCUUCGCCAUGAUAUAUGUACACAAAAUUGAGUAGUUGGCCAUUUGAUUUAUCAUCUACCAGUCGGGAUUUGGAAAUAGAGCUGAGAGUCGUCGGCUACGAUAAUGGCAGUGCCAAACAGCAGCGUUUUUCUUGCAAAAUCCAAGUCUCCACCGCUGUUUCCAUUGUCAACAUGUCGAAUGAGCAGUAGCAGUUUCGAAGACAAGUUUGGAGGCGUGUGUGUAGGGAAUGGGCGAUCUAAAUUGCGGCUUGUAUGUGCGGUUGGUGGUAACACUGCCAACAAUAAUAGCAAUAGCAGCGAUGGUAAUAAGAAGAAGGGCGUGCCAAAUUCGAAUUAUGUGGUGCCCUUGGAUAAAUCCUUCUCUUCUUCCUACUCAUCUUGCAUCACUCGUCCUCUCGCCGAGAUCCUGCGUGAUCUUAACAAGAGGAUUCCCGACAACAUCAUCAAGCCAUCGUCCCCAGUCACCACCUACAUCCCCUGGUACCAUGCCAACCGUAUGCUUAGCUUCUAUGCGCCUGGAUGGUGUGGAGAGAUACGAGAUGUUAUAUUUUCUGACAAUGGAAGCGUGACUGUGGUAUACCGUGUUACCAUACGAGGAUCGGAUGGAGAGGCUUACCGUGAGUCUACUGGGACAGUAUUAUCCAGUGAUGGCAACAUUGUUGAUCCAGUUGCUGCGGCAGAGGAAAUAGCUUUUUGCAGAGCAUGUGCCAGGUUCGGCCUAGGCUUGUAUCUAUAUCAUGAAGAAUAGGUGCUAUAGAUGGCUGGAAGGAUCAUGUAAUUUGUCUAGCUGUAUCUCCUUAGAGAGAUUAGAAGAUUGUAUUUGAUAACUGCCCUUGCCUUCCAGCUUAAUGUAAAUAUCCAGCGUUCUCUCAGGUAACACAGUUUGGUUGUUGUACUUAUGAAGAAAAGAGUUUCUAAUUUCUCAAAGCAUAGGAAAAUAUAUUUUUCAAUAAAGUAUAAUUGAUAUAAAAAAAUUAUUAUUAUAAAUGUUAGUGGGGACCACUCUUAUUCCAA